AAGGGAAAGAGAAGAGAGACGAAGAGAUUUCUCUCGGUGGUCUCCGUUUCAGAGAUCUCCGGUGGAUAUCCCAGCGCCAUCUCUAAUUUCCCGAUUAAAAGCCAUACGACGAAAGAGUUUUCAUCACCAAAAUUCAAAACACCAUCCAAAUUUAGAAACUUUCCUUUAAAUAAGUUUCCCUAUUUUUUUCAUUUGAUUGAUCGAACAAGAUGCAUCCUAAUCUAUUCACAACAAUGCGAACGUUGAAACUCAUCGAAGGAUGCAAAGCCACGGCUCUCAACCCUCCUCCGCCGCCACCUCCUCCCUCUACCACCGAAAGAGCCGGCGAAAAGCUGUUUCAGAAUCUCCAGGAUCACCUCCGAGUCAACUCGUUCCGUUCCAAAUCCAACCGGACUCAUCCUCCGAAAGACUCUCUCCUCCCUUACGGACUCCCCAACACAGACCUCCUCGAACCGCAGAUCGACCCUUCUCUAAAAUUCGUAGACUUGAUCGACAAGCUAGCCCAAGUCUACCGUAGCAUCGAGAACUGCUCGCAGUUCGAGAAAGCCGACGCCUUUCUAGAGCAAUGUGCAAUCUUCCGAGGCUUAUCGGAUCCGAAACUUUUCCGGCGGAGUCUCCGAUCAGCUAGGCAACACGCCGUUAACGUUCAUACCAAAGUUGUCUUAGCUUCUUGGCUACGUUACGAGAGGAGGGAAGAUGAGCUGAUCGGGACAACAUCGAUGGAUUGCUGCGGAAGAAACCUCGAAUGCCCUAAAGCGAGUCUAGUUUCCGGGUACGACCCGGAACGGGUGUACGAUCCAUGUAUCUGUUCCGGGUACAACGGUGACGUUGAUGUUGAAGAGUGUUCGACGUCAGAGGUAGAUUACGACAUGUCCUUCUGUAUAGGUGAUGAUGAAGUUCCUUGCGUGAGGCGCAAGAUAGCGUCUUUAUCAAUACCUUUUAAGGCUAUGCUAUACGCUGGCUUUAGAGAGACGAAGCGAAGCACUAUCAACUUCACGCGGAACGGAAUCUCUGUGGAAGGGAUGAGAGCUGCUGAGAUGUUUACUAGGGUUCGAAAAGUUGAGAUGUUUCCUCCCAAUGUUGUCUUGGAGCUACUCACAUUAGCGAACCAGUUCUGCUGCGACGAGUUGAAAGCAGCUUGUGACAUGUUUUUGGCUCGUCUUGUUAGUAACCUCGAUGAUGCCGUGUUGCUGAUUGAGUACGGUUUGGAAGAGGCUGCGUACCUUCUUGUGGCUGCUUGUCUUCAGGUUUUUCUAAGAGAGUUGCCUAACUCGAUUCAUAAUCCGAACGUUGUAAAGAUUCUCUGUAGCGCUGAGGGACGUGAAAGGCUAGCCUUGGUUGGACAUGCUUCGUUUACGUUGUACCUCUUCUUAAGCCAGAUUGCUAUGGAAGACGACAUGAAAUCAAACACAACGGUAAUGGUGUUAGAAUGUUUGGUCGAAUGCGCGGUGGAGACUUGGCAGAAACAGCUCGCUUGUCACCAGUUGGGCGUUGUGAUGCUUGAGAGGAAAGAAUAUAAAGACGCACAGAGAUGGUUUAACUCAGCUGCCAAAGCAGGUCAUGUUUACUCCCUUGUCGGUGUAGCCAGGUCUAAGUUUAAGCUUGGCCAUCGAUACUCGGCUUAUAAGACCAUGAGCUCGUUGAUAUCGGGUUGCUCAGCUACUGGAUGGAUGUACCAAGAGAGGUCUUUGUAUCGAAUCGGUGAAGAGAAGGUGCUUGAUAUAGACAUUGCCACGGAUUUGGACCCAACUUUGACUUUCCCUUACAAGUUCAGGGCAGUGUCAUUGGUCGAGGAGAGUCAGUUUGGUGCUGCGGUCGCGGAACUGAACAAGAUUCUGAGGUUUAAAGUCUCUCCUGACUGUUUAGAGAUGCGGGCGUGGAUUUCUAUAGCUAUGAAGAACUAUGAGGGUGCUUUGAAAGAUAUAAGAGCGCUUUUGACAUUGGAGCCUAACUUCUUGAUGUUUAACAAGCAAAUUCAUGGGGAUCAUAUGGUGGAACUCCUCCGGCCACUGGUCCAGCGACGGAACCAGGCUGAUUGCUGGAUGCAGCUAUAUGAUCGUUGGUCUUCUGUUGAUGAUAUUGGAUCUCUGGCUGUUGUUCAUCAUAUGCUGGCUAAUGAUCCAGGGAAGAGCCUUUUGCGUUUCAGACAGUCUCUUCUCCUCUUAAGGCUAAACUGUCAAAAGGCGGCAAUGCGUAGCCUUAGGCUGGCUCGGAACCAUUCAAAGUCAGAGCAUGAGAGACUUGUGUAUGAAGGAUGGAUAUUGUAUGACACAGGCCACCGUGAGGAAGCUCUGGCCAAGGCUGAGGAAUCUGUUUCCAUACAAAGAUCUUUCGAAGCUUAUUUCCUUAAAGCUUAUGCUCUUGCAGACUCCACGCUUGACCCUGAGUCCUCAAAGUAUGUCAUCCAGCUCCUUGAAGAAGCACUUAGAUGUCCAUCAGAUGGUCUUCGUAAGGGACAAGCUUUGAACAACUUGGGAAGUGUAUACGUUGACUGUGGUAAGCUGGAUCUUGCAGCUGAUUUCUACAAGAACGCACUAACCAUCAAGCACACACGAGCUCACCAAGGCCUAGCUCGUGUUUACCAUCUGAAAAGCCAAAGGAAAGAUGCGUAUAAUGAGAUGACAAAGUUGAUAGAGAAAGCUCAGAACAAUGCAUCGGCCUUUGAGAAGCGUUCAGAGUAUUGUGACCGAGAGGUGGCACAGAGAGACCUAGUGAUGGCGACACAGUUAGAUCCUCUGAGAACUUACCCAUACAGAUACAGAGCCGCAGUUCUUAUGGACGACCAUAAAGAAACUGAAGCCAUUGAAGAGUUGUCCAAAGCCAUAGCCUUUAAACCUGACCUCCAGCUUUUACAUCUCCGAGCAGCAUUCUUCGCUUCGAUGCGUGAAACUACAGACGCUAUCAGAGACUGUGAAGCAGCUCUGAGUCUUGAUCCAUGCCACAAAGAUACCAUCAACCUCUAUCACAAAGUACGUGAACCACAGGCAUAGGCAAACCCAUCUGCCAUCUUAUAUAUAUUCCUAUACUAUGGCGAGAGCUUCUUUCAUCUAAAACCACAUAUACUUGUAUGGCUAUGCCGUUUCAUAUCCAUUACGGAACAUUCCCAUGGGAAACUAGACCUGGUUCUUUUGUGAUCAAUAAGUUUUGAUAGAAAGAGCUGGGAACAAACCAAAAGGAGCAGCAACAUAGAAUGUAAAUAACUUCAUACUUUGGGUUUUGGGAUUGAUUCUGGUUUGAUGACUGGAUAAGGUUAAUAUAUGAUUAGUGCAGAAUGUGUUCUGCACAAAACAGAACACAAAAAAGAUUGUCAUGUCAUGUUUUGUUUUUAGAUAUCUCACUUCGUGUUGCUUCUUCUUUUCCUUCUUUCAUAUUUUUAAUGUGUAUGUAACUUCAUUCUUCUCAUGAUCGUUAUAUUGGUUCUC